AUGCGGUUCACCGACCGGAACUCCGUUCUAGCUUCGGCUCUCCUCGUUCUUCCUUCCUUAUCCUCCGCAUUCUAUCUUCCCGGUGUCUCUCCAACCUCCUAUGACCAGGGCCAAAGUGUCCCGCUUUAUGUCAACCAUUUGACCCCUACCCUUGCUCGUGAUGACCAGCUUCACUCAGUUUUCUCAUACGACUACUACCACCCGGCCUUUCACUUCUGUCGACCUGAAGGUGGCGCCAAAGAUGUGAGGGAAUCCCUAGGCAGUAUUCUGUUUGGUGAUCGAAUUCAGACUUCUCCACUGGAAUUGCAUAUGGGUCAGGAUGAGACCUGUAAAUCCAUCUGCGGCGAGACCAAAUUCGAUUCUCGCAGUGCCAAAUUCGUCAAUCGCCGAAUUUCCCAGGGAUAUAACAUUAACUGGCUCGUGGAUGGAUUGCCAGCAGCGCAACUCAACAAGGACGAAAACACCAACACUCAGUUCUACAGCCCCGGCUUUUCUCUGGGAGACUUGGACGAGAGCGGCCAAGCUGUUCUGAACAACCACUUCAACAUUCUCAUUGACUAUCACCGUGUCGGAUACGCCGGUGGAAAGGACAAGCUUCGUGUGGUUGGUGUCCUCGUUCAGCCUGAGUCCCACCCAGAUUCCAGAGUGUUGGAUGAUGGGUCGGUAGACUGCGGUAACAAGGGUAUUUUGACCCUGAACGAGGAUGGUGAAGGUGAGACUGCCGUCACAUGGACAUACAGUGUUUAUUGGAAGGAGUCAAAUACCGCCUGGGCUACUCGAUGGGAUAAGUAUCUCCAUGUUUACGACCCCAAGAUCCAUUGGUUCUCUCUCAUCAACUCUGCCGUCUUUGUGGUCUUCUUGGUUGGAAUGGUCAGCAUGAUUCUAGUCCGGGCCCUCAGGAAGGAUAUCGCUCGUUACAACCGUCUGGACUCGAUCAACCUGGAUGAUUUCGAUAGUACGUCUGCAGCCGUUGAAGAUGGUAUUCAGGAGGACUCGGGCUGGAAGUUGGUUCACGGUGAUGUCUUCCGUUGCCCCCAGUCCCCACUCUUACUGAGUGUGUUGCUGGGUAAUGGUGCUCAACUUUUCAUGAUGACCGGUGUUACUGUUGCAUUUGCUCUUCUUGGCCUUCUCUCCCCUGCCAAUCGAGGCUUCCUGGCCACCGCGAUUCUCAUGAUCUCUGCCCUCUUUGGUGCUAUCGGUGGAUACGUAUCAGCUCGUGCCUACAAAUCCUUUGGAGGCGAGGCUUGGAAGCGUAAUAUUAUCAUGACUCCUCUGUUGCUUCCCGGCUUCAUCUUCGGGCUGUUCUUCCUGCUCAACCUAUUUGUCUGGGCCAAGGGAUCUAGCGGUGCUGUUCCUUUCGGCACCAUGGUGGCCCUGGUCCUCAUCUGGUUCGUUAUCAGCGUUCCGUUGAGUGUGGCAGGUAGCUGGGUUGGAUUCCGUCAGAAGGCCUUUGAGGGACCUACCAAGACCAACCAGAUCCCGCGUCAAGUGCCGCCUAUGGCUGGCAGUCUUCGUACGAUUCCCUCUAUCCUCCUGACAGGUAUCCUGCCAUUCGGUGCGAUUUUUGUUGAGCUCUACUUCAUCAUGACUUCACUUUGGACGAACAAGAUCUACUACAUGUUCGGUUUCUUGUUCUUGUGCUACGGUCUAAUGAUUAUCACCUCGGCUGCCACUACCAUUCUCCUUGUCUACUUCCUGCUGUGUGCAGAGAACUACCGCUGGCAUUGGCGCGCCUUUGCAGGUGCGGGUAUGACUGGCGGCUACGUGUUUAUCAACGCCCUGAUCUUCUGGGUGACCCGAGUGAGCUUUGGUGGCCUGACGGGAGCUGUUCUAUACGUCGGUUACUCUGCUAUGAUUGGUUUCCUUGUCUUUGUUCUGACUGGCUCUAUCGGCUUCUUUGCCAGUUGGGCUUUCGUGCAGCGCAUCUACGGCUCCAUUAAGGUGGAUUAG